GCGUGGUGAGCGUGCCGCGCUCGGUUGUUUCCUUCCCUGUCGUUCGUCCUGUCCUCUCACGGAUCGUCCAUAUCGCCACCACGGAUACAGAUUUAGCGACAUUUCACACCGAAUCGUCGUCCCUGUUCCUUGGAAUCUUUUUGUUUACUUCAAAUGGUGUAAUAUAUAAUAAAAACUCAUUGCGAGCUCGUUAAGAAUGUAACUUGAUUGUCUGGCGUUUCGAAACGAUGUCUCGGCAUCUCUGCUCGACAGUUUCAUUCGAUGUAAUUGGAGGAAAUCGUGGCACGAGGUUUGGUGGUGUGAAGAAGGAGGAAGGGAGGACAGUUUGGAGAAUCGAGAAAGAAUCGUGGAACGACGAGGUUAAGGAAAUCCAUGUCGAGGAAUCCUCGAUCGGACGAGACUCGUGGAACAAUCGUCAAUUCAACACCGUUUAACCCCAUCGCCGAGAUUUAACCGCCCGUUUUCGUCGGAGAAACGGAUCGAGAUCCCCGAGGAAAGAAGGAAAUGGAAGAGGCGGCGGAGGAGGCGGAGAAUCGAGGACGAAAACGGCGAAAAGGACGGCGAGGAGGAGGCGAAUGGAAAGAAGAAGAAGAGGCUUGAGAACGCCGGAUAAUGGCUGCCUCCCGCGGGGAUCUGGGGAUCGGCGGCGAUCGAACAACCAAGUCGCCGAUCACCGGUCGAUCUCGUCCCUCGUCCCAGAAUUCGAGCGUCGUCAGCGAACAAACAGGAAAGAUCGCCAACGAGGAGAAUAAGACGGGAAGGGUGGCCGGCGAAAUUCAAGGGCGAAACUCGACGGCCGACGAAACUCGCAAGAGCAAAUCGCUCCCCCCCGUUCGAGAUAAGGAUAGUAACAUCGGCCGGGAACCGAGAAUCGCUUUCAACGCGGGGAUCAAGGGGGCGAAAAGUUUGCCGCAAAGGGAUGACGCGUACGAGCGGCCGACCGAUCGAAAGCGGGCGAGCGUCGAUUCCGGGCAGAUUAAGAAAGCGAGGAGAGCGAAAACACGGAGGAAAGCGGAGAUGAAGCAAGGAUCGAUCUCUGCCAGGGUGAUCUACAAGCUGGUCGGCACUGCUAACAAGCAACGGCGCGAUUUUUCCCCGCGCAGAUACAGAUCGGAAAAUCACGCGAAUCUGAUCGUCGUGGACGCGAGCUGCGGAACCUCUCGAGGCAUGGAAGCGUCUCGCAAACUCGCCGAUUCUUGGAAAACGGAUGCUGGAUCUUGGAAAACGGGCAGCCCUCGUCCAGGCGAAUCUCGAUCCUCGAGCGACCCGAAAGAUCGGGUCGGCCAGACGGGAGGAGAAAAUCGCGGAGAGGAAAGCCCUCGUCGUUCUCCCUGCGGGGAGAGUUGUCCGCGUAAGUGUUGCGGGGUGGUGGAGUGCGAGGUGCGAUGGACGCACGAGGAGAAACGCGGGAGGGACGCGGACAGAAGGGAAUUGGGAAGGAAGCAGAGCGAGAGCCCGGUGCCGCCGCUGCUGUGCCGCGCCAGAUCUCUGCCACGAUUGUCGGUGCACGACAGCGGUGUCGCGUGCAGCGAGCAAUCGCCCGCCGCCGGCCACCCCCACAAUUCCAAACAGCAAUUGGCGGCCGAUCUCAGGCAACUGCACACGUUGAAGCAGCAUUAUUAUCCGGAGGGUGGAUGGGGAUGGGUCGUGCUGCUCGUAGGGAUGUUGGUACAGAUGCUGUCCCACGGUGUGCACGGGUCAAGCGGGAUCUUGUUGCGGCAUGUGGCUGACAAGUUUGGGCAACGCGUUUACUUGGAGACAGGAUGGCUAGGAGCAAUGUCGACAGGAGUGGCUCUACUAGUUUCGCCGGUAACAAUAGCGUUUUGUCGGAGAAAAAGUACAAGACUCACCGCGGUUUUGGGUGGCCUCGUUACAGCACUCGGCUGCCUUUUCACUUCUUUCGCCUCGCAGUUCCACCAAUUGUUCAUCAGCUAUGGCACCGUUGUCGGUAUAGGAGUCGGCAUGACUAGGGAUUGUAGCACUUUAAUGGUGGCGCAAUAUUUUAAGAGGAGGCGAGAACUGGUCGAGAUCUUCAUCGUGUCCGGAAGUGGCCUUGGUAUCGCUGUCAUGUCGGCUUUCAUUAAAGGAAUGAUUAGCAAGAUUGGAUGGCGCUUGGGCCUUCAAGCGGUGACCGGUGUGGUUUUCCUCACGUUCAUCUUAGGCACUUUUUAUCGAAGCGCAUCCCUGUAUCACCCGCAACGUAGAGCUAUUCUACAUCUGAAAAAUCAAAAGCGUAAGAUUAAGGAUAAGAACAAGACGGACGACGGUCCACCGUUCUUCGACUUCAGCACGCUGAAGAGCAAAACAGUGAGAAUACUGCUCGUGUCCACUGGGAUAUCUGCCUUCGGGAUCAACACUCCGAUAUUUUACCUGGCGCACCAAGCCGAAGAAGAAGGCCUUGGGGACACGGUGAUCCUGCUUCAGGCUUAUCUCGGUCUGGCCUGGACCCUCGGCUGUGUCGCCUUUGGCCUUUUGGUCGUGCAUCGCAGCGUCGAAUGCAGGAUAGCGCGUCAGUAUCUCACGCAAGCGGCGGUAUUUGUAUGCGGAUUGUGCAUUCUGGCCCUCACCGCCGUUCAAGGAAAUUAUCACGGAUAUGUGUUGUUCGCCUGGAUAUACGGCAUCUUCUGCGGCGGCUACCAUUACAGCCUGAAAAUGUACACCUACGAGAGAGUGAGAGCGAGGAAUUUCGCGAGAACGUGGGGUUUCGUUCAAUGUUCCCAAGCCAUACCAAUAGCGAUUGGAGUCCCAAUUUCAGGAUACAUGAACAUCAGUUGCGGUGGGAAAGCUGGUUACUACUUCAGCUCGACCUGUGUACUGGUGGGCAGCUUCACCCUCUUCUUCAUAGAUCUUCACAGAAGAAAUUUGUCGAGGCACAAACACGUCAGGUCUAACGGGACCAAGCACCUCUGCGUCUCAGACACUUGUCCGCAACGGAGGAAGUUGUCGUUCAGCCAGGAACCGGACAACGAUGGCCCGCACGUGGCUGCUGCCGGGGCUGCUGCAGCCGCCCUCGUGCUUGGUGCUGAGAUUGCACCGAAUCAAGGCGAAUACGUGGACGGUCUUGCCCCAGAGAAACCCGAGUUAACGUGCAUCUCUGAGGAGGGGAUCGCAGACAUGGAUCUCCCCGACAACAUGCUCGAGGACCUCGAUUACAUCGGGGAUUGUAUAACCUCGUGCAACAAGGUCGAGAACUAUCUGAUGCUGUCCGAGUUCGAGAACAAUCUGAUAGCUGAAAUACCGAUCAUCACGGAUCGCCGAGGUCGAAGGUGGUCCCUGGCUCGUUCGAAAGGUGGCCAGUCGAACCUCGAUCGUCCGUCAGCACCGCAACCUCAAAACGAGGAGACAAACGAAGCCAAGCCUAAAUGGCACGCGGCUCCUAAUGUGCCUCCUAAUAACAGGGUGAUCACCGUGAUCGACGAGGCAAGCACGUAGCUCGAUCGUAACGCGAGAUCAAACAGAUCCUUGUAGAUCGAACGAAUCCUGUGAAGAAUAUUUUAAAUCGAUUUUUCUUUCUUUCUCUCUUCCUUUCUUUCUUUCUUUUUUCUUCUUUAAAGCUAUACACUGCAAUUUUAUAUGCAACAAGCGUAGAAGAAGCAAACGUUUUUACGUAAUUUCUCAAGUGAAUGAAACACGAGCGCGAAGAAAUUGGAAAAAGUAUUUUUAUGAAUUUUAUACGUGGAUCGAAUUUUCGGAACGGUUAUGCGGAAUAGUACAAAAAAUGGAUGGAAAAGUGAAUGGAUGAGAAU